AAAUCUUCACUCCUGCAUACUUCAUGAGACUAUUCAAUUUUUUUGUAUAAGUUUUAAGAAUAAACUAUCAAUUGGUUCGAUAAAUUAUCACUAGUUAUUUCUAAAAUAUAUAAAAUCUUUUCAAUUCACUCCUCACUCCGACCAGUGGUUGUGUUCGAAAUGGGCAGUGCAUUUCAGCUUAGUGCCGGUUUAAAUUUAACCGGUACCAAUCUUGUUCACAUUCAAGCGAGUUCCAAUUCCAAGUUUGCACCUCAAUCAGUGAGAGCACUUCCUAUACGUAUAUUAUCCGUGGGAAAAAAGCGAUCACCUGGACUACAACUCAUGGUUGACGAGUAUAUUGAAAAGAUCAAAUACUAUUGCAGUGUUGAGGAUGUUCAAAUUCGGUCAAAUCCUAGAAAUGCACGUGACCAUAGGGCUCAGGUUGAUGACGAAGACAUGGCAGUGAUGAAUCUUAUAAGGUCUGAUGAUUGGGUUGUGAUGUUGGAUGAGCGCGGGCAGGAUUUACGAUCUGAGCAAAUGGCAGAGUUGGUGGCUGAUGCAGGAAAUACUGGUGCUUCACGUAUAUCUUUCUGUAUCGGUGGACCCUAUGGUCAUGGAAGAAAAAUAAGAGAACGUGCUAACUUAUCAAUCAAGUUAUCUUCAAUGGUCUUAAAUCAUCAAAUAGCAUUACUUGUGCUUGUAGAACAGCUUUACAGGUCAUGGACAAUUUUAAGGGGACAAAAGUACCACCAUUAGAUAUUCUGUCUUAUUUUGUUUAUCUUUCAUUUAUGUCUUUAUGAUGAUCUGUCCAAUUUUCUUUUAAGCAUUUUAUAUCUUUCUAUUUCCUAGAUUUUUUUUCUUUUGAAUUUUGAGGGCUCAAUAUGAAUAAUAGAAUGUAUGAUGAGUGUACACUUAACGACGGAAACUCCAUUUUCUCAUGUUUAGAUAAUGUUGAGGGUUUUCAAGUGAAACUUUUAUAGUCUUCAAAUUUUAGGGUGUGCUCUGGCUGUCACUAAAAUUAAAAAUUGACAAAAAUAUU